UAAAAGCAAAGAAGAAGAAGAAGACGCUUCCUAAAAAACGAAGUAGGAGGCGUUGGUGUUUUUGUUAGCAGUCAUGGCGUCGUAUUUGGGAAUAUCUGUAUUAAUUAUCGCGUCUCUUUUGGUCUGUGCUUCGACAGAGACGCGACAUUUUGGCACGGAAAAUGUGAUUAACGUGACUGCGGUUAGUGAAAAUGAAGAGUCCACCUACAACGUGCAGAUAAGCUUGAACGUCACCCUGGUGGACAAUAAAACGACCGUCAACGGGGUUCCACUCAAGCCGUCAGAGGUGAUGAGGAUGCCGUGCCAGGCUCUGCUGUUAGACGACAGUAACGUGAGCCUGAGCGACGGCGCCGGGAUGCUGAUCAGCAGCGUGUUGAGGCUGAUGCUGGAUCACUCGUAUCUGCAGAGCGACGCCGGGGACGAGGUGCUGCUGCUGACACUGGGUCAGGAGAUGAUCCAGCUGGGUGAAGAGAAGGUCUGGCAACCCGACGUGUGGGAAGUGAAAAUGCUGCUGAACCAGACCUCCGAGGAGGUCACCCAGGAACACAACAUCUACCCAGCAAGGUCCAGCAAGAUCGUCGCCAUGCCGCGAGAGAACGACAUCAUCAUGACCGAGGAGUACAUCGCUAAAACAGGAGUAGUCGAGGACCAGGUUCUCCACACGACCAGUCACUACCCACUGAGGCAGGCCGAAACCACGCAGGAGGAGACGGCCGCUCCGGGGAAGCUUCCUGAGACACCACUGCGUAUGGAGCCCAGCGUCCUGUACGAGGACGCACCGGAGGAGAAAGUUAAUCCCGAUGACCUGCUGCCGGACGUCCCUCUCCGACAGCCGCACUCGUCUUAUAACGUGGUGUGUCGGUGGGUGGAGGAGCUCAGGGACAAACUGAGGCGCUUCUGCUCCGAGUCUCUGCCUCUCUUCUUCCUCAUCAUGUGGGUGGUGGUCGUGGGCGUUGUCGGCUCUGCGGUCAUCAUCAAGAUCCUCGACCUUUUGUUUCCCACGUGUGAACACAAGGGUUUCUUCCAUCUGAACCCUGAGACCCUGAUGCCGGAGGAGGAGAAGCAGAGCCUGAUAGAGAACGUGGAGCUGGAGGUGGAGGAACAAGAGAAGAGUCAAGUGAAGGGAGAGCAGUACUGAGUUUUCUCCUCCUCCUCCUCUUCCUCUCUUGCCCGCUUUUGGCAUUCCUGUGAGUGUUUUCCUUUCCAAAUGUAGCACUUUACCAGUCUCCGUUUCUUUAUUCGGAAAAGAGCGAGCGAUGUUUGUUUCUCACCGAGGGCGUUAUCCGGAUUUAAUUAAAUAUUUACUAUUUGGUUUGUAUUUUUCCCCCCAAGUUGCUGUUGCAUUGUGUCUAUGGGAGAGAGAAAAAAGAAACAACCCUAUCCUGUCGUGUAUGACCAUGUAUUUAUGCACUUAAGACGUGAUGAAGUAGGGCGCGGUGUAGUUACGGGACCAAGCUCUGUAUCGUCGGUCUGUGUUUCAAAUUUUUGUGUGUAUAGCUCGAAAGCGGUGAACGGUCACACACAUUUCCGGUGAGAAGGAACGUACUGUACACUGAAUGAAUCCCUGUUGAUUUAAGUGAUUGCACCUUUUUUUUCCCCCUGGAUAUUAUUUCUCAGUGGCGUGGAAGCAAAUCCAAAUGUUAUCAAGAGCAUGUACUGUUAACACUACUGUUAAAUGAUUCAUGAAAUUAGUUUCCUUCCUGUAUAUUCCCACAUUCAUGCGUUUAAAUAAUGACUACGAGGCUCGAGAACGCGACAAAUCUGCAGCUCUGACGUAAACAAGAAUGUGUAUUUAUUCCACAUCCAGCUAUCAAUCACUGCUUUACAUAAACACACACACACACGCUCUAAUGCAUUAUCCCGGCUGUCUUCAAGAGAGAAAGUGUAACAUCCUUAGUGUUGCCCAAUUAGGAGUCGUGGCAAUCAACUUCAUGGUGUGUUUUAUUCCUUAUGUAAAGCUGGACUUGUGAAACACCACACACACACACACACUGUAGUCAGGAUUAGAGGUGUGUGUGUUGUGUAUCUAGUGGAGCACGAGCGCAUGCUUCAGGACACACUGUACGUUUAUUUCACUUUUAUUAUCAUCUUCAUAAUCACAAAAAGAAAAGACAUACAGGUAAUCUGGAGGGAAAUCUGUGUUUUAAGAAAACAAAUGUAAAAAAAAAAAUAGACACUUGUUCGUGAGGAAAAAGGGCCUCUGAUUGGCUGAAAUGAAAUGAAUCAAUGCGGCACCUUGAAUGAAUGUCAGUGUAAUGUAAAAAAAAAUAAAAUAAAAAGAAGUGUUCUUGUGCAUUGUAAAAUAUUUGGUAUGUGAAGACGAUGACAAUAAAUCACAGACUGACUUUAACAGA